CCUCUGCCCUAUAGAUUCUCCUGGGUCUGCGGAACAGUUCCCAUGCAAGCAUAGGUGACAGAGAUUAGUUCAUGAUUUGAAGUCAUUUCUUGCUAGCUCCUUUACAGAUUAUUGAGGACAAUAUUGUGGACUUCAUGCCAGUUACAACAUUUGUGUCGUAUGCAACAAGAGGGCAGUUAUAAGUCAUGAGUCAACUACCUAGAUUCUGGAACCUGGGAUGGUCAUCCUUUCUUGACUGGUGGAGUAAUUCACCUGUUGUUUCAGAACAAGAAUCAUCUCCCCUCUAUGGUCAGCAACAGCUGAAUGAAACUUUUCUGGACCAUGGAGAAGGCCAGCAAUUUCUGACCAAGGCUUUUCAAGUUAUCCUGGAGGAGGUGCUAUGUAAGGGCACAGACGUUAAAGAGAAGGUAUGUGAUUGGAGGGAACCUGAAGAUUUGGCUGCCCUGCUAGAUCUGGAGCUGAGAGAAAAUGGGGAGUCACAACACCAGCUGCUUAAGAGAGUACAGGACGUGGCCAAGUACAGUGUUAAGACCAAUCAUCCGCGGUUCUUCAAUCAGCUCUUUGCAGGGGUGGACUACCAUGCCUUGGCCGGACGAUUCCUUACGGAGGCUCUAAACACUAGCCAGUAUACCUAUGAGGUAGCUCCGGUGUUUGUCCUGAUGGAAGAGGAGGUGCUCUCCAAGCUACGUUCCCUGGUUGGCUGGACACAUGGAGACGGCAUCUUCUGCCCCGGCGGUACUGUGUCCAACAUGUAUGCCAUGAACCUAGCACGCUUUCGGGCAUUCCCAGAAGUGAAAGUAAAAGGACAGUGGGCGCUCCCUCGACUUGCUGUCUUUGCAUCUCAAGAGAGCCACUACUCUGUGAUGAAAGCAGCUGCAUUUCAGGGUAUUGGGACCGAGAAUGUGUUUAAGGUCAAUGUGGAUGACAGGGGCUGUAUGAAUCCAGAGGACCUUUGUGAGAAAAUUGAACUGGCGAAAUCUCAAGGGGCAGUGCCUUUCUUUGUCCAUGCUACAUCAGGAACAACAGUCAAAGGGGCCUUUGACCCCUUGGAAUCCAUCGCUGACAUCUGUGAAAGACUGGGAUUAUGGAUGCAUGUCGAUGCAGCCUGGGGAGGGAGUGUGCUCCUCUCAAACGAACAUAGACAUCUCAUGAAAGGAGUUGAGAGAGCCGAUUCAGUGACUUGGAAUCCACACAAGAUGAUGCUGACAGGCUUGCAGUGUUCAGCCAUUCUGCUCAAGGACACCACGGACCUGUUGAAACACUGCCACUGUGCCGACGCAACAUACCUAUUCCAGCAGGACAAGUUCUAUGACAAGAGUCUGGACACUGGGGACAAGUCGAUACAGUGUGGCCGGAAGGUUGACUGCCUGAAGCUGUGGCUAAUGUGGAAGGCUGUGGGUUCUAAAGGCUUGGAAGGGCGUGUGGACAGGGCUUUCGCCCAUGUAAGAUAUCUGGUGGAGGAGAUGAAGAGAAGAGAGGGCUUUCAACUUAUAUGGGAGCCUGAGUUUGUGAACGUGUGUUUCUGGUUCAUACCGCCGAGUUUGAGGGGAGAUGAGAACAGUCCAGACUACCAAGACAGACUGUCAAAGGUGGCUCCAACAAUCAAGGAGCGAAUGAUGAAGCAGGGGACCAUGAUGGUGGGCUACCAGCCCCAUGGCGGACGGGUCAACUUCUUCCGCAUGAUAGUGAUCUCACCACAGGUCUCCCAUGAAGAUAUGACCUUCUUCCUGGAUGAGAUCGAGAGACUAGGGAAGGAUCUGUGAUUCUACUUGCAUCUCUGUUUAUGUCUUUGAUUUCUCCCACUCUAAGUCUCAGAUAUCAGUCCAUUUCGUGUGUGUGUGUGUGCUUUAUUUUGCGUAAUAUUUUACAUUUUUCAUCAGUCCAAUGCCUGUUAGACUUGGAAUGGCACUAAUUGUGGACAAAGUGCUUAAUAAAAUGUUUGAAAUAUG